GCAGGAGGCGGACCUCGUUUGUUGGGGUGUGAGAGAGUGUGUGUGUGUGUGUGUGUGUAUAUGUAUGUGUGUGUGUGUGUGUGUGUCUGGGGGGGUAUCUAGGUAUUGUGGGGGCGAAACACAACCGGCCAUGGCAGCAGCCGAGGAAGAGGACGGGGGCCCCGACGGGCCAAACCGGGAGCGGGGCGGGGCGGGCGCGACCUUCGAAUGCAAUAUAUGUCUGGAGACGGCUCGCGAAGCUGUGGUCAGCGUGUGUGGCCACCUGUAUUGCUGGCCCUGUCUUCAUCAGUGGCUGGAGAUGCGACCAGAUCGGCAAGAAUGCCCCGUUUGUAAAGCUGGCAUCAGCAGAGAGAAGGUUGUCCCUCUUUAUGGGCGAGGGAGCCAGAAGCCCCAGGAUCCCAGAUUGAAAACUCCACCCCGCCCCCAGGGCCAACGGCCAGCUCCAGAGAGCAGAGGGGGCUUUCAGCCGUUUGGUGACACUGGAGGCUUCCACUUCUCGUUUGGUGUUGGUGCUUUUCCCUUUGGCUUUUUCACCACCGUCUUCAAUGCCCAUGAGCCUUUCCGCAGGGGUGCAGAUGUGGAUCUGGGACAGGGUCACCCGGCCUCCAGCUGGCAAGAUUCUCUCUUCUUGUUUCUUGCCAUCUUCUUCUUUUUCUGGCUGCUCAGUAUUUGAGCUGUGUCUCCUUCCUGCCCACCCCCAGCCAGAGGACAAUCAGUAUUGGGGGACCCCCCCCUUCUGUGACCCCUCCUUUUCUCUUGGCUAAGGCCAAUCCUGGCCACCCUUGAGGAGGGCGUGGAGAGGAGAUGUGACAGGUGUGCUUAGGACAGGAAUGCCUGCUGCUCUGUACUGCUGGCUCAGGAGCACUGUAACUCCCAGCCCUGGAGGACGAGGACAGACGUAAGACAGAUGUACUAUUGUCCUUUCUCCCCAUCUUUUGCUUUCCCCCAGAUUUGUUGAUUUCAUGUUGAAAGGUGGGCUAGGUUCCCUCUGACUCUCCCUUACUCCUCUUGUUGAUUUAAUUUAAUUCAUCUCCCCCCAGUGUCUAAUAGGAGUUCUGAUUCUAAAUGUCACUUCACCCAUCUUUCACCACCUCCUUUAUUACAAGUUCAAUAAUAAUAAAAGAAGAUGAAAUGUA